CAUACCCUAAAUCUAGGACAUGUGUCACCUAGGAUAUAAGGUGCAUGAUGACUUGACGUCAUCCUCACAUUCCUCUGGCUUAUCACCGACAGUGGCGUAGCCAGGAUUUCGUUUAAGGUGGGUCCGCUUAGAAAAAACACACACACACGAUAAAAUCAUUUUUGUUAACAUUGCUAGUCAUUCAUGAUAUAAUCUUAUAUUGGUAAAUUUUGAUAAAUUAAAAUACAUUAGUAGGCAAAAUUAUCAAGAAUUCUUGAUUUAGUUAGUUGUUCUCUUUCAAAUGUUGUUCUUUGUCAAGAGCCGUUUAAUAUCAAGAAUAUCACUCUAUGUACCAAACAACUAUUAAUGUUUUAGUCAGUCAUUCUUUUUCGAAUGGUGUUCUGUCAACUGUCAAGAACCGUAUAGUAUCAAUAAUUUGAGUUGUUGAGAGAGUUUUAAUAAUGAAACUCAUACCAAACAAUAAUUAAUGAUUGAGUUAGUCGUUCAUUUUCGAAUGAUGUUCUUUGUCUAGAACCAUUAAAUAUCAAUAACUCAAGUUAUCAAGAGAUGUUCAAUAUAGAUCUUACACCAGUUACUAGCACGCUCCCUCAUAAGAAAGUUAGCCUAUACAUAAUUGAAUUGUGCACAAAUCUGAAUAUCGUGUGCUUAAGAAAUGAGGUCGCCAAGAUUCGAGCACAAGACAUUUCGAUCAACUAUUCUCAAUUAGACACCUCCUAGUUUUCAAUAUCAAUUAAUUAGUAUAACUAAUUUAACCAUUUUCCUUCCGAUCCAGGGUGGGUCCCGGGACCCACCCUCUCACACUCUCCCUCCGCCACUGAUCACCGACAAUCUGCUCAAGGUUCCAAACUCAAUGGUGGCAACUAAACACAAGGGUUGUGUUCGUUGUGAGACUUAACCCAACACCUCAUGGCACGAGCUGACGACAUCCAUGCACCACCUAUGUCCGUGUUCCCGAAGACAUAGUUAGUAAAUACUCCGUUUAAUAUACGUAUAUGUACCCGUAUGUAUUUUUAUCCGUUUAAAACUUCCGUAUCCGUAUUAUUGUCAAGUCAUUUCUUCUUUUUCGUUUAUUUGAUGGCUCCCUAAACACGUAUAUUUAUCAAUAAAACCAUGGGCUAGCCAACCCAAUAUUUGUCCAUAAAACCAUGGGCUUAUGGAGGAUGUGCAUCGACUUCACUAGCUUGAAUGAAGCGUGCCCCAAGGAUAAGUACCCCAUGUCAAGAAUGGACUGACUCAUUGACACAACAGCUAAUCACGAAAUGUUAAGUUUCCUUGAUAUGGUCUCAAGGUAUCAUCAAAUAUGACUAGCAAAGGAAGAUCAGGAGAAGAUAACGUUCAUGAUGCCAAUAGGAAACUUAGGAAUGUUGGAGCAACUUACCAGAGAAUAGUUGACGUAGUCUUUAGGAAGCAAAUCAGAAGAAAUGUAUAGUCGUAUGUUGACGACAUACUGAUAGAAAGCAAGGAAGCGGUGAAUCACCUUGCAGACCUGAAGGAGACGUUUGAAAGCAUGAGGGCUUGAAACCUAAGGCAGAACCCCCUCUAAUGCAUGUUCAGGAUGAAGUGGGAAAAUUCAUGGGCUUCAUGAUCACAAAGCAAGGAAAAUCGAGGCUAAUCCGAAGCAGAUAUAGGCGCUGACUAGCCUAAGGCCCCCAAAACUACUAAGGAGAUACAAGCAUUGAACGGAAAAAUGGCGGCCUUAAUCAGAUUCAUACCAUGGUUGGCUGAAAAAUGUUCUCCUUUAUAUCAGAUUCUCAAGAAAUCGGCCACUAAUUUCUCAUGGAGUGAGAAGUGCAAUGAAGCCUUUACCUAGCCGAAAGAGCAACUUGUUGAACCCCCUGUGCUAAGUCCCACAACGCCCCAAGAAAGGAUCUACCCUCUACACUGCCAUAUCACCAAUGGCAUACAACUUCUUCUUAACAAGGUCGCCUCAGGAUCACGCGAACAAACCCGUGUAUUAUAUCAGCAAAGCGCUACUACAGGCUAAAACUAGGCACAUGCCCAUCGAAAAAGCAGUAUUGGCAAUCAUAACUAUUUCUCGGAAGUUACGAUCUUACUUCCAAUGCCAUCUAAUCAUUGUUCUCUCAAACCUCCCCCUAGGAAAGAUAUUAAAAUGAAUUGCCGCCUUAGGAAGGAUGACGAAGUGGGCAGUAGAACUCAGCAAGCACGACAUCGAGUACACUCCACGACCAGUAAUAAAGACUCAAGUGUUAGCUAAUUUAAUUGUCGAGGGUUUCACUAUAGAAGGAAACACUUCACAGAUAGAGCUGCCAUGGAAAAUGUUUGUUGAUGGAACAACCGGAAGAGCAGGGACGAGAGCAUAUAUCAUGAUAGAAACGCCAGAGGGAGUGAUUCAUGAAUUCUCUCUAAGAUUUCAGGGUUUAAAGACCAACAAUGUCGCUAAGUACGAGACACUCAUAGCAGUGACCAAAAUCUUACUCGAUUAGGGAGCCUAUAAAGCGAAAAUCUUUUCUGAUUCUAUGAUAGUGGUCAAGUUGGUGAAGGGAAGCUUUGAAGCCAAGGAGGAAUCCCUCGCAAAGUUGGCGGGCGAUAUCCAAAACUUGCUUGCUCAAUUAGAAGAGUGGAAUUUAGAGCACAUCAAGCGAGAGGAAAACCAUCAUGUUGACGCACUCUCCAAAUUGUUCACGGCAAUGGAUUUCAAUGAAGAAAGACAUGUCACCAUCACAAAAGAAGGUCAAGAAGUUGAAGUCAUGGAAAUGAGUGAUGUAGAUUGGAGAUCACCGAUAAUCAGGUUCCUAGAGAAGAGUGAGCUGCCAAACAAUCAAAAGGAAGUGUCGUCUUUCAAGCAAAAGGUUGUGGGCUUCACAAUGAUUCAAGGGAGCUCUACAAGCACUCCUAAGGAGUUUACCUAAAAUUUCUAGGAUGCGAAGAAGCUCGGUGGGUAGUGCAAAAAAUGAACCGAGGAACCUACGCCACGCAUGUCGGUCUGAGAAGCCUGAAGCGAACCAAUCGGGUGGUUCAAGCUUCCCAAGCGGUUAACUGUUUAGACCGCCACCGACCGACUAGUCUGAAGUAAGCGGUUGUUUCCUUCUUCCGAGCCAGACUGGUGGUUGAUUCCUGAUUUUACCGGUCCAAUCGACCUAUUUGGCUCGAUUUAAUAACAUUGCAAAUAUCAA